AGAAAAACACACUGAAUCAGCCGAUACUGAAAGAUACUUUAAAAAAUAAAGAGAAAUUCCCUGAGGACAGCGAAAAGGCCAAAAAGAUCACAGCCAAGAUAGCUGAAUUUAUUGCAGUGGAUGACCAGCCGCUUUCUGUGGUUGCAAAUGUUGGAUUUCUCCUGGAACACCUGGAGCCACGGUAUGAAUUGCCUUCUCGUCGCUACUUUACCAACACCGCUCUACCGGGCAUUCACAACAAGCUACGUGACCACCUGCUAGUCCUUCUGUCUGAGGCGCCUGCUUUUGGGUUUACCACAGACAUAUGAGGUUCGUCUGUUUGUCCGAUGUCCCUGCUAAGCUUUACUGCACAGUGGGUCGACUCCAGUUUUAAUUUACAACGUGUGACCUUGCAAGCUCAACACUUUCGUGGAUCUCAUACAGCAGAGCGUGUGAAACAGGCGAUCGAGGGGAAGCUGAACAGUUGGGGAAUAGCAAAGCAACAGGUCCAUGUAAUUUUGCGUGACAAUGCGCAAAAUAUGAAGAAGGUCAUGGAUGACAUGGGCGUACUGAGUAUGGGCUGUGUCGCACACACGCUUCAACUGGUCCUGCAGGAGGGUCUGCUCUCUCAGCUAACGCCAGGAAGAUAAUAGGCCAUUUCAAACAUUCUCCCUUGGCAUAUUCACGUUUGGAAGACAUCCAGAUUGACCUGAAGACAGCGUUAAAGCGCCUGCAGCAGGAUGUGGAGGUUUGAUGGAACAGCAGCCUCUACAUGUUACAGAGCAUUCUGGAGCAAAAGCGGGCUCUCAGUGUCUAUGCAGCUGAUCACAACCUCCCUGCCACAGUGACAGCUAACCAGUGGACGCUGAUGGAGAGGACAGCUGAAGUGUUAGCUCCCUUUGAAGAACUGACCAGGGAUGUGAGCAAAGAGACUGCAACUGCAGCUGAUGUGAUCCCUGCCAUUACAGCAGCCCUGAGACGUGUCCUGUCUCGGGAGCAAACCACUGACCAGGGUGUCAGAACCAUGAAAAGCACUCUCCUAGAGGCAGUGGAGACCUGCUUUGCUGAGGUGGAAAAGGUGCCAGUGUACAGCAUCGCCACUUUAGUGGAUCCAAGAUACAAAGACAGAUACUUCACAAAGUCAGACAACCUGAGCCUUGCUAAGGAAUCUCUCAUCCAGGAGAUGAUGAAGAUAGAGGAGAGCAGGGCUGCCAAUAAAGAGCCAGAGGCAGCAGAGCCUGUGAGCAAGGCACCUCGUCAAGAAGCAAGAAGCAGCCUUGGCAGUGCUUUAGACGAGAUCUUAGAAGAGUGUCAGUCAGGGGCACAAUCUGUGAGUAAAACUUCAGCAGAUGUCCAGAUGCAGAUCUACCUUUCAGAGCAAACCAUUCCUAGGAAAAACAAUCCACUAGACUUCUGGAAAACUCAUGCUACACAGUUCCCGUCACUAGCUGCUAUUGUAACCAAAUCUCUUUGUGCCCCCUGCACCUCAGUGGACAGUGAGAGACUCUUUAGUGUAAUGUCAAACAUCCUUGAUGAGAAAAGGAAUCAGUUCUCUCCUGAAAAGUUAGAGAUGCUGAUUUUCCUCAAAAAAACAAAAAAAAACAAAACAAAAAACAUCCACUUCAUUUUGAAGCCGUAGAGCUAGAGUAAGAGUUGAGCUUAAUGUAGACCAAAUUUAAGAAGUGAUAAUAAACCAGUGCCUUGC